AUGUCGUGGCGCGGACGAGACGAGCGGACCACCCGCUGGGGCGAGAACAGGGAACGCUCGCCCGUGUGGGAGAAACGCAGCGAGAGUCCCGACAGACGGCCGCCGUCCCCGCGGGACAGACAGCGGGAUCGACGGGACAGACACGAGCGAUAUGACCGAGACCGACGGGAUAGGGAUAGGGAUAGUGACCGUUAUAAUAGACGAUACGAGAAACGGGAUCGCGAGCGGGAUAGGCGGAGGUCGCCGCGACGACUAGAGGAUAGGGACAUACCAGCCGCUCCUUCACCUCCCAAGAUAAGCGCCGACUACGAAACUACGGAGACUCAGUCUCGGAGUCGCUCGGGCAGCCGGGACCGCGGAUACAAAGACUUCGACCACAAAUACGAUCGAGAUAAAGACGAACAAUCGGUCAACGCGUCUCCUGGCGACUGGGUGUGCAAGUGUGGCUCAUACAACUUUAAGAGACGUCAAGUGUGCUACAGACGUAACUGUUCAGGCAAAAGGUCCGAGGGCGUCGUAUACGGCGACGGACAGACCGCUUCAGAGUGUAACGCGGGCAUCACGAAGCGUUUACUGUUCAGACGACUCGACGCUCUGACUACGGAGGAGAAAAUCUUGGAAGUGGUGAAGGAAAGAUGUUCUAAAUCGGUGCUAGAUUCCAUUGCAGGUAUAAAAGUCGGCCGGGAGACAUUGACAGGCGCGUCCAAGUGUCUCGCGUACAUAAAUUUCAAUUCCCUAGCCGAUUCCACGGCCGCUCAUUCCGAACUACUCUCCUUAGACCCACCACUAGUGAUAGACAACAGGGAAGUUCUAAUAUCGUUUUACAAUGAACCACAGAAAGCACAGAAGCCUCACACGGAUUAUCCGAAUUAUUACAACCAGAUGUCGAAUUACUCUAGAGAGUCUAUGUCAGAGGCUGACCGAGUUAACGCGGCCGCGGCGGUCGCUCAGUCAGCUAUCACAGCCGCUCAAGCUCGCCAAAUGUCCUGGACCCCUGUCUCAGUGCCUGUGUUCGUAUCCUCGACAUCACAAGCUACACCAGUCGCCAAUGUACCUACAGGUGACGGUAAAACGGUCUACUCCGCACCGGAUGUUAGGACUUUCAUGUACGACGAGACUUCCGGCUACUACUACGACCCCGCCACAGGUCUUUACUACGACGGAAACACGCAGUACUUCUACAACAGCACUAUCAACCAGUAUAUGUAUUGGGAUGCGGCCACGUCAACAUAUAUCGCGGCUUCGCAGACUCAAACUAACUCCGACCAACCUAAACUACAGAACCCGCCCGACCCUACAGCCGGUAACACUAUCACGAAGGAACCGGAGGAAAAGAAAAAGAAAGAUAAGGAGGACAAAGUCAAAGUAGCCAAAAAGAUAGCUAAAGAUAUGGAAAGAUGGGCCAAAACAUUGAACCAAAAGAAAGAAAACGCUAAGAGCAACUAUGUUAUGGAGCAACCUUUAGACACGAGCGCCAGUAAGGGUUCCGCUGACAUUGGGUUCUCAGUUCUAGGUGCGGGGCCGUCCUUAACACAUGUGAGAGAACUCUCUCCUCCACCGGUCAUCUCCACCGAUGACUUCCUUUUAAAGAAGAAUGAAACAAACAUCUUUGACACAGACGAGGGCAUCAUUGACUGGUCCAAAUUAACCUGCCUGUUGUGCAAACGGAAAUUCCCAUCAGUGGAUGUGUUGACGAAACAUAAAAAUCUAUCAGAUUUGCACAAACAGAACUUGGCUGAGCACAGGAAGAAGAAUGAAUUAUUACCACAAACAAAUGGUUAUAGAGAUCGAGCGGCUGAGAGGAGGAUGAAGUUCGGAGAAGAUGAUCCUCCGCCUAUCAGGAAACGUUAUGAACCAGAAAUACAUUCACAGGUCAUGUCACACCCACCACCCUCGGUCAUAGAUACAAUCGGUGGAAAAAUGUUGAAGAACAUGGGUUGGUCGGAAGGAAGAGGACUCGGUAAGGAGGAACAAGGGAGAAUAAAUCCCAUUGAAGCCGAACAACGGCCAAGUUUGGCUGGACUCGGACAGAAACGAGGAAUAUAUACUCCGACACCCGGUCUUACUUACAGAGACACAGUCAAGAAGUUGAUGAUUGCUCGAUACAAGGAAGUGGUCGGCCAGGAAGAUAGCUAG